GGCACAUGCACAGUCCACUCCCCCCAACCCAUCUAUUUCUCCCUCACGUUCUUUUCUCUCAGACGUGAAGACAGCGAGCUGCAACAGUCCAACCAAUGCCAAGUUUUUGUUUUGUUUUUAUAUAUUGUUUGCCCUGUACACCACGUUGUGCGCAAUCUGGCCAGUGUCAACAGUGUCAAGUUUUGAUGGGACUUGAGAGACAGCUCUCCAAAUGGACACACAAAGGCUCAAGGAAAGGAAGGUGUGCGUCAAAUACUACCUAGUUUGUGGUAUUGUCUGUUUCUUGGACUCGGCAUGGGGACAGAUCCGCUACUCCAUCCCAGAAGAGCUGGAACACGGCGCCUUCGUGGGAAACAUAGCCGAGGACUUGGGUUUGGAUUUGGAGAAACUCUCUGCGCGAAGAUUCCGCAUUGUUUCCGGCACCAGGAGACAGUAUGUGGAGGUCAAUUUGGAAAAUGGAGUUUUAUUUGUAAACGAAAAGCUAGAUCGCGAAGAACUGUGCGAGCAGAGUUUGGCGUGUUCUUUCCAUUUGCAAGUAGUGAUCGAAAACCCCCUUGAGCUGUACAGAGUCGAAGUGGAAAUUCUGGACGUAAAUGACAACUCUCCCAGCUUCCCCUGGACCGAAUUUAAUUUGGACAUUUCGGAAUCCGCAGCGCCGGGGUCCCGCUUCCCACUUGAGAGCGCACAAGAUUUGGACGUGGCUUCCAAUUCGUUGCGCACUUAUUUGCUGAGCGUCAACGAGCAUUUCACUUUGGACAUCCAGACGAGAAGUGACGGCAGUAAAUUCGCCGAACUCGUCCUUCAGAAGCCUUUGGAUCGGGAACAGCAAAGCGCGCACCAGAUGGUGCUGACGGCGGUGGACGGGGGUUCUCCGGAGAGGUCCGGAACGGCGCAAAUCGACAUCACUGUGUUGGACGCCAACGACAACGCGCCGGUGUUCGACCAGUCUUUCUAUCGAGUACGACUGGCGGAAAACGCACCCAAAGGUUCCGUUGUCAUCAAACUAAACGCCUCCGAUUUAGACGAGGGCACCAACGCUGACAUCAUCUAUUCUUUCAGCGGACACGCGCCCAUCAAAGUGCGCCAGCUUUUCCUCGUGGACGCGCGCACGGGGGAAAUCAAAGUGAAGGGGCUGAUCGAUUAUGAAAAAGCAAGGAUGCAUGAAAUUUACAUCCAGGCGAAGGACAAAGGUCCUUCCGCUGUCGCGGUCCACUGCAAGGUGCUGGUAAACGUCUUGGAUCAGAAUGACAACCUCCCAGAGGUCAUUCUAACGUCCGUGUCCACACCUGUGCACGAGGACGCGCCCCCGGGCACUGUCAUAGCUGUCAUCAGCGUCACGGACAAGGACUCGGGGGAAAACGGCAAGGUAGACUGUGAGAUCCCAAAUCUCAUCCCCUUCCAGCUCCACUCUUCUUUUCAAAACUACUACACUUUAGUGACAAGUGAUUUUUUGGACAGGGAAGCAAUGGCAGAGUACAACAUCACACUCACUGCAAGAGAUAUGGGUUCUCCACCUUUAUUUACAAGGAAAACAAUUGUGGUCCAAGUAUCCGAUGUCAAUGAUAAUGCGCCUCUAUUCAAACAACCUUCUUAUACUGUGUAUUUGACAGAGAAUAAUGCACCAGGGGCCUCCAUCUGCUCCGUGACAGCACAAGACCCAGAUUAUGGCCAAAAUGCGUACCUGUCUUAUUCUAUUAUAGAAGAUGACAUACAGAAGAUGCCAGCCUCUACGUAUGUUUCCAUCAAUUCCGAUAAUGGCAAUAUUUACGCCCUCAGAUCGUUUGACCACGAGCAGUUGAAGAACUUUCAAAUCACAGUGCAAGCUCAAGAUGCCGGCUUCCCGCCAUUGAGUGGCAACGUUACUGUGACCGUAUUUAUUUUGGAUCAAAAUGACAACGCGCCCGUCAUUUUGUCACCUCUUCCUAAAAAUGGGACGCCUCCGAUGGAAGCUGUGCCGAGAUCCGUGGACGCAGGUUACCUGAUCACCAAAAUACGAGCGGCGGAUGCAGACGCUGGCCAGAACUCGCGCCUUUUCUACCAAAUGCUCCAAGCGACUGACCCGAGCUUGUUCAGCGUGGCCUUAUACACGGGGGAAAUUAGGACAAUACGACAGUUAGUGGAGAAAGACCCCACGAGGCACAGAUUGGUCAUUCUGGUGAAGGACAAUGGCCAACUCCCCCUCUCGGCCACAGUUUCCAUCAUUCUGUCAGUGGUUGACAGCCUGCCAGAAUCUCAGCCCGAUUGGGGCGACCUGUCACUGAGCCCCCGUCACAGCUCCAACUUUAGCCUCUACUUAAUCGUGUCUCUAGGCGCUGUAUCCUUAACGUUUCUAGUGGCUAUCAUUGUCAUUGUUAGUGUGAGGAAGCUGAAGGACAGAGUGUCCAACAGAGAGUCCAACUUCCCCUCCGCAAACAUGUGCUGCUGCUGCUGUCGUUCGGUUUCGAGCGACUCUGACCUCUUCAAAAAGACCAAUUUGAAUAUCAGAAUGUCAGCAGACGCAGUCGGAUGCACAGAGGUGAGCAGUAAUAGCGCACUCCCGCAAGCUUACUGCUACAAGAUGUGUCUGACGCAAGAAUCCUCCAAAAGUGACUUUAUGUUCUUAAAGCCCUGCAGUCCAGUAUUAUCUGUUCGGCAAAAUAAUACCAAAAGCUCAGACUACAUGACAUCUGGUUGGAGCGCACUGGAGCGUAACCAUCUUGCCAACAAUAGAACCUCAACUCCAAAAGAGCUUAAGAAUUCCAGCAAGGAUUGGACCUGGACCAAGAAUCAACGGAAUUCAGCAUACAAAAGAUACAGUUCUGGAAAUAUGGAAAGCACGUUAUCACGUCCACAGCAGUUUGACGCUGAUGAGUAUUUCUGCUCUGUGGCGCCACAGUAUUGGACUUGGGGAACCCAUAUGAGCGACUGCAAGACGUCUCUUCAGGACGAAAACAAUCAAAACUUCCCCUGGACUCCGAAGCGCAAUCAGCCUCAGACUGAUGUAGUCGACGAUCAACACCGUGUGUAUAUUCCCUCUGAAGCACCUGACUACCAGCACAAUGUGUAUAUUCCUGGCACCACAUCAGGCUACAGCACACUCAAACUUGCGCCCCGGGGUGACCUAGAUGUAUACAAUACCUUUUCUACUUUUGGGAAGAAAAAGAAAUUAAUCUCUAAAUAUGAACAGCCUUAUGAGAAAGACGAUGGGUUCAUAAGCAGUGGUAUCUUUAAAUAAGACAUCAACCAUGCUCUUCAAAAUGUGUAUUAGGCCUAGACAAUAAAUAUCAAUUUUCAUGAAUUAAUUACGUUUUUUUGUUUGUUUGUUUAUUUGCUUUGUUUUUGCAUAUGCAACCCCUAGCAAAAAGUAUGGAAUCAUCAUGUUUAUUUGCUUUGAUUUUGCAUGUACAACCCCUAGCAAAAAGUAUGGAAUCACCAGUCUCAGACGAGCACUCAUUCAGACAUUUUAUUAUGUAGAACAAACUCAGACAAAAAGCUUAUAAUGAAUUAGUACAAAAGUGCAAGUCUAUAGCAUUCAGAAACACUAAAAGAAAUGAAUAAAAAAACAUUGGGGUGGUCAGUAAAUGUUGUUUUUAUAGCGCAAGUGCAGGGAAAUAUAUAUGGGAUCACUCCAUUCUGAUGAAAAAAUAUGGAAUCAUGACAAACAAACACAGAAAUAACUAUCAAAACACAUCUCUAGUAUUUAGUAGCACCACCUCUGGCUUUUAUGACAGCUUUCAGUCAUCAGCUCUGAGGCAUGGACUUGAUAAGUAUUCUUCAUCAAUUUGGUGCCAACUCUCUUUGAUUGCAGUCUCCUGAUCAUCCUUGCAGGUCAGAACCUUGCUGUGGAUCUUUUUUUUUUUUUUUUUUUUUUCAAUUUCCACCACAGGUUUUCAAUAGGGUUGAGAUCUGGGCUAUUUGCAGGCCAUGACAUUGACUGGAUGAGUCUUUCUCCAAGGAAUGCUUUAACAGUUUUAGCUCUGUGGCAUGAUGCAUUGUCAUCUUGGAAAAUGACAAACAUAUGUUCGAUUGAAGGGAUAAGAAAGCUGUCUAAAAUUUCAAUGUAAACGUAUGCAUUUAUUGAAGAUUUAAUCACAGCCAUCUCCCCAAUGCAGAAAUGCAGCUCCAUAUCAUCAAGGGCUGAGGGAAUUUUGAUGUUUUCUUCAGGCAGUCAUCUUUGUAAAUCUCACUGGAACAGCACCAAACAAAAGUUCCAGCAUCAUCACCUUGUCAAGAGUCAAGAAUCUGCAUUGGACAAGGUGUGAAGAGUCUAGAAUCUGCAUUUGGACAAGGUGAUGAUGCUGGAACUUUUGUUUGGUGCUGUCCAAUGAGAUUUACAAAGAUGACUGCCCAUAUUUUUCUCCUCAGAAUGGAGUGAUUCCAUAUAUAUUUCCCUGCACUUGCUCUAUAAAAGUAACAUUUACUGACCACCGCAAUGUUUUUUAAUUAUUUCUUUUAGUGUUUCUGAAUGCUAAAGAGUUGCACUUUUCAACUAAUUCAUUAUUUUUUUCAAGCUUUUUAUCUGAGUUUCUUCUACAUGAUAAAAUGUCUGAGUGAGUUCUCGUCCGAGACUGGUGAUUCCAUACUUUUUGCUUGCUCCGUUCACCAGUCUCUAUAGAUUAAAGCAGGGGUGGGAGAAAUAUUCCACAAAGUGGGUGAGGGUUUUGUUGCAACCCAUAAAGAGGAUACUUUUUUACCAAUCUGGUGUCUUACAAGUGCAAUCAGUUGAUUGCAGUCUGGUGCUUCUUGUUUCCAUGGGCCCUAAUUGGUUAAACUGCCUGUGCUAGAUCAGUUGUAAGAAAGACUAGGACCCAUUGCGGCCCUCAAGGACCAGUUUGCCCACCCCUGCGUUAAGGGGACAACAAAAAAAGCUUUUUUAUUUCUGAUUUAUCAUUAUUAUUGUGAAUAUUCCGAUUUGUAUUUAUAAUUUAUUUGUUUUGCUCUGUGUAAUUACUAUUAGUAAUUGUACCUGCAAUAUUUGUUAAGGAUUUAGCAUAGGUUUUAGGGCUGUGGAACAAAUUAAUCGAAUUAUAACGUCCAUUUUGACUUACAAACCAGGUCCUGGAACGAAUUGAAUUUGUAUGUACUGGUCCCACUAUAUAUUAUAUACCGAAAAUUGCGGACUAUAAGGCGCACCUGACUAUAGACUCUACCCACCGGCGUCACAAAAUCACGUGAUCGCUGUAUUGUUCCGCCCCAUUGUCCGUCAUUUUGUGUCUGUAUUAUCAAUGGUCUCAAUUGAUCGAGCAAUUUAUAAUGCAUUUCAUGGAAGACCCGGUGUUUUCGGAUGCCGUAAACUCAUUGGAUGCGUUGCAUAAAAGGCGUUAUGUGGAAAAGCUUCAGUUUAUCCAUUCGCCAGAUCCAUAUUUGAUGCCUAAAUCGAUGUUUUUUGACCCGCUGUCUUUGCCGUCUUUGCCUGACAUCUGCUAGCUACCCUGAUAUUUACAACUAUCUUGUCCACACAAAAUCAGCCUAUUCUCACGAAAGUUUGAAAAACUUUAAGAGCUUGGAGGCUUAUAAAUACUUUGUUGCUGGUUGGGUGAAACAGGUCCUCGUCCACGAAAAUUCGGCAGGAAUCUAUCUUGUGCUUGGAAAGGUGAGUUACGAAAUUUUCAAUUCAAAAUCUUUUGUUCUUGCUAACAUCUACUGUCAAGUCUAAUGUAUUUCAUGUCAUUUGUCAAUGGAGCUAGGGCUUUUAAUGUUUAUAUGGUUUAGCGAUAGCACUCUCACUACAUACAUACGUGUAUGUUGUCGGCGAUUAGCCUAGCAAUGAUCUUAAUUGUGGUUGUCAGCCCAAAACCCUCUAAAUAUAUAUUAAAUGCAUCUUACCAGAUAUAAAAUGACUACUACAUAAUCUGUGGUAAUCGUCUGGAGCCCAGUUUUCUCGUCGAAUUGCAGCAGCCCAUCUCGCUCUCCUCACCGGGUCUCUCGGAAUCCGGUAGAACUUCAAGUCUCUCCGUCUAUCUUCUCUGUUAUUGCAACCGACCGCCACACACGCCUUCACCAUUUUGAUUAUUAAUGUUAACGAGCAGAAAAACACGCCGUAAAUAGGAGGAAUGUACGUAGCCGUAACAGGUAAACACGAUGUGUUGACGGACAAUUGGGCGGCACCAGUCAGGAGGGCGGAGUUGUGAUGUCGCGUGGUUAGGGUCUAUAAGCCGCCACCCACCAAAUUUGACACGACAAGGACAUUUGUUCAGAGAUAAGUCACACUGGACUAUAAGCCGCAGCUGUCCUCAUUGCAUUAUGGGAUAUUUACACCAAAAGAUAUUAACCGGUGACACUUUAUUUGACAGCAGCAUUAUACGACUGUCAUGAGACCAAAUGAACCACCAUGAAGCUUUAAACUGAUUGGCUGCAAAGCUUCAUUGCUUCAAGAAGCUUCAUUUGGACAUCACUGAUCCCUUGGGGGAGACAGUCAACCUCUGCUGCCACCUGGUGUCCACACUGUUGUUGUCCAACAUGCCUCCUAGCAUGCAUUGCAGCGCUACAGAUGUAAAUAACAAUCAAAAUUUAUGUUCUGUGCUAAUUAUUUCUUCGGUUCCUGUUCCAGUCAUUUCAUUAAUUGCUAGUUAUGGUAUUUGGUAACACUUUAUUUGACAGUCAUUAGACCAUCAUAAUUAUGAUAUGACACUGUUAUGAGCAUUAAUGAAUGCUUAUAACACAUGUCUAGUAGUUUUAUCCGGAAAAUUAUCUCACUUUUGGAAGGAUGUAAAAGAUCCGAGCCGAACAUAGAUGGAGUUAGUAACAUAAUUUGCCGGAUGACACUUAAUGACAUCUGUUAUAAGCAUUCAGUAAUGCCCAUUAUAGUGUCCUGUCAUAAUUAUGAUGGUUUUAUGACAGUCUUAUGACGCCGCUAUCAAAUAAAGUGUUACCAAUGAACCCAAAUAACUCAACAAAUAAACCGCACUGGAUUAUAAGACGCAGGAUUCCAAAAGAAGGGAAAAAAGUAGUAGCUUUUGGCCAAAAAUUACGGUAUGUAUGAAUAAAUAAAAUUAUAAAUUCAAAAAAAUGUUAAUCAGAUAAAUACAAACAGAACUCUGGAUAAGACCACCCCCAAUAACAUUCUGGUUGUUUUUGUUUCUUUCUUUUCAUAGUAGUUUACUGAUUGCCUACCACAGACACAAUAGAAAUGGAAGGACUGGGUGUGAAUGCUCAUGUUUCAUUUGCCCCUCUAAGUCGAAAUGUAUAAGACAUCUAUCAAGGUAAUGGCAGCCAAUGAAUUGAAUGAGUGCCCUAUAAAGGUUUAAACUUUUUCUGUCUUUUGUUCUUAUUGUCUCCUUAAAAUAGUAGGCGGAAGAAAAAAAUCGAUCAUAAAUCAAAUGUUUGGUGAAUUAAAAAUCUAAGAUUUUAUUUUCAGGCCAUAUCGCCAGCGUCUACUGUAUAGGAUCAGGCCAUAUCGCCAGCUACUGUAUAGGAUAUAUUUGUAAAUAGUUAGUUUUGUUCCUAUAAAAGGUUUGUAUAAGACUUUUAAAAAAUCAGAAGAGUUCAUAAGAGGUUACUUAAAAUUGUGCAGUUUUCCCAGUAAGUGUUCAAUACCUAUCGCCUGAAAUACAUUGUUAUCAUGUUAAAAUAAAGCGCUUCCACGUUGUUAUAUUUUCCUACUCAGCUGUCAUAAGUACACAUUGUUUUAACCAACUGGUUGAUUUAUCCCCAAAAAUAUAUGGUGGAAAGGUUGUUUCAGAAUUUUUCCAGAUAGUUUUGACAGUUCUUUUUCAUAUCACAAAAAACUAAUGACAAAGUAACAGUUAUGAGUUACACUGAAAUUUAAAUUGUCAUGUAAUCUGUAAACAUCCAUGAUUCACCUCACAUACAUACAUGAUUGAAAUACUUGUUUUGUACAAAGUGUAUACAGUAAAUGUAUUAUAUCAAUAAAAUUCGUU